AUGACGCAAAUGGAACUUGGACUCCUUGUAUCAUUUCAUUUUAUAAUAUCAAACGGCUUAUUUCAUCAAACCUGUAACUAUUCUGGACAUUUAAAACCUGGUACCAUUUAUUAUGUAUACAAUUCUGACUACCCUAACGUUUCUAACGGCCGACAAUACUGCAGGUGGUUUGCGGAAAGUGAUUAUCGCAUUAGAUUAACGUGCAAUAAUUUCAACAUACCGUGGAAUUUUAAAUGCACCUUGGAUAGAUUAACUGUAUAUGUGAAUGAUUCCUUAACUCGAUAUUAUUGCGGCAAUGAACCAUUUAGUAUCGAAUCGACAGGAACAUUCAUGACUAUUGAAUUAUCAACUCCAUUUUGGUCAUCGGGAGUAAAGUUCCUGUGUGAGCUGCAAACGAUCGAAGAAAUAGUAAAUAAUGAUGAUUGUUGCAAAUGUGGAUGGAAAAAGCCGACCAAAAUAGUGGGAGGUAUGGAAACUGGUGUGAACGAAUAUCCUAUGAUGGCUGGUCUUGUUGACCUUUUUGAAAAGGAUGUAUUUUGCGGAGCGACUAUCAUAUCCAAAAAACAUGUAUUAACUGCUGCACAUUGUUUGAUAGAUACAGACCCAAGUACUGUGAACAUACUUGUAGGAGAUCACGAUCUUACCACGGGUGCAGAUACGAAUGCCUCGCGCCUUUACACUAUAGCCAAAUUUUACAUGCAUCCUUUAUAUAAUAUUCAACCCCCACAAAAUGAUAUAGCUAUAGUAAUGGUGAAUUCUGUUAUAAGUUUUAACGAAGAAGUCGGACCAGCUUGUCUUCCGUUUCAACAUCAGUUUGAUUCCUUUGCAGGAAGUAAUGUGGUUUUAUUGGGUUGGGGAUUGACCAACUAUUCACAAAUGAAGUCAAAUGUUUUACAGAAAGUUACAGUAGCUGUGAUCACGAACCAGGAGUGUCGUAAAGAGUAUCCAACUAUUACAAAUGAUCAUAUAUGCACUUAUACGGAGGGAAAAGACGCAUGUCAAUUUGACAGCGGCGGUCCCGCUCUUUGGCAGAAUCCUACGACAAAGCGGGAGGUUCUCGUGGGUAUUAUCAGUGGCGGAAUGGGUUGUGGCGGUAGUAAUGCAGGAAUUAACACGCGUGUCGGCGCGUACAUAGAUUGGAUCUUGUCUGUAACAUCGGGUAAAGUAUGCCUGUUACCGGUUUGGGGUCCGUAUAAUCCACGUUUACUUCUAAGGGAUGCGGUACUAUUCAGAAUAAUAGUACGAAAAUGCUUUGGAUCAAGACGCGUAGAAAGAAGUUGA